GAAGGGAGAGAGGGAGAGGGAGAGAGAGACAGAGAAGGAGAGAGCGAGGGAUAAGGGAAGAGGUGACAGUGUAUAAGGGAGUAGAGUGACUGAUUCUUGUUACCGGACAGCAUAAAGGGCCAUCAUGAUCUGGCCCGGUCGCAAACAUGAAUCUGCACCCACGGUGCGGAACACUACUCAGCCACCAAUUACAUCACAUGACAAUUCCACAGCUGUUGCUGGAGCUGGGGAUAAGGCUGCUGAUGCCUUCAAAAAAAUUCAACAGGAGCUUAUGAAUCAGAUCAGUAAGAUCCCAUUGCCUCCAUGGGCCCUCAUAGCAAUAGCAGUGGUGGGUGGACUGUUGCUCAUCACUUGCUGCUUCUGUAUAUGUAAAAAAUGUUGCUGUAAAAAGAAGAAAGGUAAAAAAGAAAAAGGUAAAGGGAAAAAUGUGCUCAACAUGAAGGAUUUAAAAGGAUCUGGAGGUCAGGAUGAUGAUGAUGAUGCAGAAACUGGGUUAACAGAGGGAGAGGACAAGGAGGACGAGGAAAAGGAAGAGGAAAAGCUUGGGAAGCUACAAUUUUCCCUGGACUAUGACUUUCAAAGUAACCAGAUCCAAGUCGGAGUUAUCCAGGCUACAGAACUGCCUGCAUUGGACAUGGGAGGAACUUCAGACCCCUACGUCAAGAUCUUCUUCCUUCCAGACAAGAAAAAGAAGUUUGAAACUAAAGUGCAUCGCAAGACACUCAACCCUAUUUUCAAUGAGACAUUUACUUUCAAGAUUCCAUAUCAGGAGCUUGGGGGAAAGACCCUCUGUAUGUCCAUUUAUGACUUUGACAGAUUUUCCAAGCAUGACAUCAUCGGGGAGGUGAAGGUUCCUAUGAAUACAGUUGAUCUUGGACAGCCGAUUGAGGAGUGGAGAGAUUUGCAAAGUGCAGAGAAAGAGGAGCCAGAAAAACUAGGUGAUAUCUGCAUCUCACUGCGUUAUGUUCCUACUGCUGGAAAACUGACUGUCUGCAUCCUGGAAGCCAAGAAUCUAAAAAAGAUGGAUGUUGGAGGUUUAUCAGACCCUUAUGUGAAGAUUCAUCUAAUGCAAAAUGGAAAGCGCCUGAAGAAGAAGAAAACAACUGUGAAAAAGAAGACUCUGAAUCCAUACUUCAACGAGUCAUUCAGCUUUGAGAUUCCAUUUGAGCAGAUCCAGAAAGUGCAAGUUGUAAUCACUGUCUUGGAUUACGAUAAAUUGGGUAAAAAUGAGGCAAUUGGGAAGAUCUUCGUGGGAUGCAGUGCCACAGGAACUGAGCUCCGGCACUGGUCAGACAUGUUGGCGAACCCAAGACGCCCAAUUGCACAGUGGCACCCUCUGAAACCUGAAGAAGAGGUGGACCUCGCUCUUGGCAGCAAGAAAUAAGAAGCCUUUCACAUACACCAUUCCCCCAUCCCUACCCCUGUACCCUCACAUUCUGCUGUGCAGACUCAGAGCUAAAAGCACCUUCUACUCACCCCCAGCUCUACCAACCACAGUACAGUUAGGACUUAAGGAGCACACCUCAGGGGCACCAGUGGCAAUAAA